CAUUCAGCCUCACUGGCUUUAGGAACUGAAGACUCUUCCCAGGCACUUUCAGGCGGGACAGAAGCAAAGUUUUGGGGACCAUUAUUUUCUCAUCACAGCAGCAACUUAAAAUGCCUGGGAAGAUGGUCGUGAUCUUUGGAGCCACAAACAUACUUUGGACAGUGUUUGUAGCCUCUCAAGCUUUUAAAAUCGAGACCACCCCUGAGUCCAGAUUGCUCGCUCAGAUUGGUGACUCUGUCUCACUGACCUGCAGCACCACGGGCUGCGAGUCCCCCUCUUUCUCCUGGAGAACCCAGAUAGACAGUCCGCUGAACGGGAAGUUGAGGAAUGAGGGGACCAAGUCCAUACUGACCAUGGAUCCUGUGCAUUUUGAGAACGAACAUUCUUACUUGUGCACAGCCAUGUGCGGAUCUAGGAAGCUGGAGAAAGAAAUCCAAGUGGAAAUCUACUCUUUUCCUAAGGAUCCAGAGAUUCAUCUCAGUGGCCCUCUGGAGGCUGGGAAGCCGAUCACUGUCAAGUGCUUGGUGCCUGACGUGUACCCGUUUGACAGGUUAGAGAUGGAUUUACUGAAAGGAAAUCAUCUCAUGAAGAAUCAAGAGUUUCUGGAUGAUGUAGACAGGAAGUCCCUGGAAAUCAAGAGUUUGGAAGUAACCUUUACUCCUGUCAUUGAAGAUAUUGGAGAAGUUCUUGUUUGUCGAGCCAGAUUAAACAUUUAUGAAAUGGACUCUGUGCCCAAAGAAAGGGAAACUACAAAAGUAAUGCAAGUCUACAUUUCACCCAAGAAUACAGUUAUUUCUGUGAAUCCUUCCACACGUCUGCAAGAGGGUGGCUCUGUAACAAUGAUGUGCUCCAGUGAGGGUCUGCCAGCUCCAGAGAUUUUCUGGAGCAAGAAAUUAGACAAUGGGAAUCUACAGCUGCUUUCCGGGAAUGCAACUCUCACCUUAAUUGCUAUGAGGAUGGAAGAUUCUGGAAUUUAUGUGUGUGAAGGAGUUAAUCUGAUUGGGAAAGACAGAAAAGAGGUGGAAUUAAUUGUUCAAGAGAAACCAUUUAGCGUCGAGAUCUCUCCGGGGCCCCAGAUUGCUGCUCAGAUCGGCGGCUCCGUGGUGUUGACAUGUGGCGUCAUGGGCUGCGAGUCCCCAUCUUUCUCCUGGAGAACCCAGAUAGACAGCCCUCUGAGUGGGAAGGUGAGGAGUGAGGGGACCGAGUCCACGCUGACCCUGAGCCCUGUGGGCGUGGAGAACGAGCAUUCUUACCUGUGCACUGUGACCUGCGGACGCAAGAAACUGGAGAAGGGCAUCCAGGUGGCGCUCUACUCAUUCCCUAGAGAUCCAGAAAUCGAGCUGAGUGGCCCACUGGUGGAUGGGAACCCCAUCACUGUGAGCUGCAAGGUCCCUCAUGUAUACCCUCUGGACCGGUUGGAGAUUGAGUUACUCAAGGGGGAGACUGUUCUGAAGAAAAAAGACUUUUUGGAGGGUGUGGAUAAGAAAUACCUAGAGAUCGAAAGCUUGGAAAUGACCUUCAUCCCUACCACUGAAGAUACCGGAAAUGUUCUUGUUUGUCAGGCUAGAUUACAGAUUGAUGAAAUGGAUUUUGAACCCAAACAAAGGCAGAGUACACAGACACUUUAUGUCAAUGUUGCUCCCAGAGAUACAACUGUCUUGGUCAGCCCAUCUUCCAUCCUAGAGGAAGGCAGUUCUGUGAAUAUGACUUGCUCUAGCAAUGGUCUUCCUGCUCCAAAAAUCCUGUGGAGCAAGCAGCUGAAAAAUGGAGUCCAACAGCCUCUUUCUGAGAAUGCAACUCUCACCUUUGUGUCUACAAAAAUGGAGGAUUCUGGUACUUAUGUGUGUGAAGGAAUCAACCAGGCUGGAGUAAGCAGAAAAGAAGUAGAAUUAAUUAUUCAAGUUGUUCCAAAAGACAUUCAGCUUACAGCUUUUCCUUCUGAGAGUGUCAAGGAAGGGGAAACUGUCAUUAUCUCCUGUACCUGUGGAAAUGUUCCAGAAACAUGGAUAAUCCUGAAGAAAAAGGCAGAGACGGGAGACACAGUGCUCAAGUCCAUCGAUGGCAUGUACACCAUCCGCAAGGCUCAGCUAGAGGAUGCGGGAGUGUACGAAUGUGAAUCUAAAAGCAAGUCUGGCUCACAAUUAAGGAGUUUAACACUUGAUGUCAAAGGAAGAGAAAAUAACAAGGACUAUUUUUCUCCCGAACUUCUCAUGCUCUACUGUACCUCCUCCUUAAUCAUACCUGCCAUCGGAAUGAUCAUUUACUUUGCAAGAAAGGCCAACAUGAAAGGGUCAUACAGUCUGGUAGAUGCACAGAAGUCAAAAGUGUAGCCAAGCCUUGAUGUCUUCAACCAGAGACACUAUGCAUGAGUCCAGAUCCUUAAUACUGCUCAUCAUUCCAUGAGAAAAGCAAUGAGCCGAGAGCUGAGACUCCCCCAGUUGGGUUGACCAUAGAAAGAAAUGGCCACCUAUGUACUGAGUCACUGCCAUUGAGACAAGGUGACUGGAAGCCUUUCUUGAUGUGUAAAUACGGGAACAUAAUCUGUACAUUUGUACAAUAAGAUGAUGCCACAGCAAGACUGCUUGAAAGAGCAAUACUCUACAAUCAGAUUGUUAAAAUAAACAGUGUUGCUUGGACUGAAUGUAUAAUUUAAUGCAUUUAGGAAAAUUUAACUUUAACAUUGAUGGACAGCUCUCUUUUGUCAUUUUUCUGAUAUUGUAUUUCCUUUUACACAAUUUAUUUUCUAUAAAAUUUAUUGACAAUAAUUUCAUGUUUUGUAAAGAUGCAAGCGUUUUAUAUUUUUAUAGGCAAAUAAUAAACAAGGAGAGCACUGGGUUGACUUUCAGGUACUAAAUACCUCACCCUGUGGUAUAAUAGUUGACUGGAUUUCUCUGUAUGGUACUGGCAUGGUAUGGAGACGUUUUGUGAUGUUGUUUGUUCAUCAGACUUGUGUCACUUUCUCAAUGUUAUCUAGAAAUGCAACUUCUUUUGAUUUUCUUUUGUAAAUAUUUAGGUUUUUUUGUAUAGUAAAGGUGUAGUUUCUGGAAUUGGAAGGUUGUGUGUUUAUUUAUUAUAAACUGCCUCCUUUAAUAAUGUUGUAGCUUGCGUCAUACUUCUAUGUAAGCUUUGGCCUCCUCCUUAAUCUGAGGGAAGAGGAUCCCCCUUUUCUUUUGCUCGCCAAUCUACUUUCUAAAUAAACCAUAUUUUUCAAUCUAAAAAAA